ACUAUUAUUUAUAACCUUCGGAUAGAUUAAACAAAUCAGAACAAGUUUGGACAGUAGAUCAAUCAGGGAAUAGGACUCGAAGAAAAAUAGAGUAAGAUAAUUAGAAUUAAAUAAAUGAUUCGAACGAACCAUUUAGCUUCUAAGAGAGCAUUCGCAGCGAAAUUUGUGGAAAGAAGAAGGUAUUUUUAUGGCGAGGGUGAUUUGAAUUGGAUGGGAGACGCAUUAAGCGACAACAUAAAAUCAGUCAAGUUGGCGUUUGAUAAGUACCAAUACAAAGAAGAGAGCAAGCUGCCACCAAUUGUUAUGCUACAUGGGCUUUUUGGCAACAAAGGCAACAACAGAAGUGUUGGCAGAAAACUAAGUCAAGAGUUAAAGAGAGAUGUGUACUGCUUGGAUUUGAGGAACCAUGGGGACUCGCCACACAUCGCUAGACACGACUACCCAUCACUAGCACAGGAUGUUGAGAGAUUCAUUGAAAACGAAGAAUUUUACAAGAAACAAAAUAAGCUCUGCGUUUUGAUUGGACACUCGAUGGGAGCAAAGACUGCGAUGGCGGUUUUGUUGCGAAAGGAGAAGUUGGUGUCGAUGGGAGUGAUAGUGGAUAACUCGCCAGUGAGCUUUGCGUCAGCGUCAGGAUCGAUCUUUGGGCAGUAUGUGAGGAAGUUGCUCGACAUCACCGAGAACAAGAGCUUGGGCAUCCAGAGUCUUCGCGAGGCAGACGAGUACUUGAAAAGCAUCGAGGCCAACGAGUUCACGAGAAAGUUCUUGCUCACCAACCUCAAAAGAAGCAAGAACAGUAGCAGCAGCAUUGCGUACGAGAGCAAGGUGCCACUUCGGAUCUUGGGCAAGGCGAUCGACAACGGACACAUUGCAGGAUGGCCAUACGACUCGAGGGCAGUCCGCAGCACGAAGCCAGCGGUGUUUAUUCGAGGGAGCCGAUCAAAGUACGUCGCCGACGAGUAUCUUCGGGAUGUAGGAAUGUUUUUCCCAAACUUCCGUCUUGACGAGAUCGACGCCGGGCAUUGGGUGAUUUCGGAAAAGCCUACGGAGUUUGUAGCGCGAGUCAAGCACUGGGUCGAGUGGUUUGAAGAGCCUUAAUGAAUCGAGCCCUAAUGCAGCGAGCCCUGGAGCAGCCGCAACAGAGCGCCAAUGAGAGCGGCUG